CCCUCAAUCCGGCCCCGAACCAGGAAGUGACCGGACACAUCGCGUGUUUUCUUUGUUUUAAACUCAAGUUACAGAUUAAAACUCGGGUUUAAAACAAGAUGGAGCAUUUGUGACGGUGGAUGAAUAUAUAACAUACGUUUGAAUCCUAUCUGGGUCCGAGGAACAGGUUCGUCUCCUCUCCAUGUGAAGAGCUGCAGCCGGAGCUCCCCCCCGACAUGUCUUCACGCCUGCUUCUCUCCGUCCUGCUGCUGCUGCUCUGUGGCCGGGCAGCACAGGCAGCUCCGAGCCAAUCAAAGGACGAGGACGCCUGGUCCCCCGCUCGGAUGGUGGCCGACCCCUCCGACCGGGUCAUCGUGGUGAAGGAGGGCUCGGACGCCCUGAUCGAGUGCAACGUGACCCGAGGCCAAGCCGACGUGAAGUGGUUCAGCCCUCAAGGAGCCGAGCUGGGGGAGGAAGCAGGUGAGAAGUGGCAGAUCGAGGAGAACGGCGCCCUGAACAUCAGCGCGCUCUCCUUCGAUGACCGAGGCCGAUACACCUGUGUAACCAUCGUUGACGGAGGCGCCACCAGAAACUACACGGUCACGCUGCGGGUGGCCUACAGCUCCAGCGGCCUGGGCCUGUACUUUGUCAUCGUCUGCCUCAUCACCUUCACCAUCAUCAUGAUCCUCAACGUGGCGCGGCUCUGCAUGGUCGGCAGCCACCUCAAGAAGACGGAGAACGCCAUCAACGAGUUCUUCCGCACCGAGGGCGCCGAGAAGCUGCAGAAGGCCCUCGAGGUCGCCAAGCGCAUCCCCAUCAUCACGUCGGCCAAGACGCUGGAGCUCGCCAAGGUCACGCAGUACAAGACCAUGGAGUUCGCUCGCCACAUGGAGGAGCUGGCCCGGAGCGUCCCGCUGCCGCCGCUGAUCAUGAACUGCCGAACGAUGGAGGAGGAGAACGCGGAGAAGGGAAACCUCGCGUCAGGCCGAGCGGAGCCGGUCAGGGCGGUGUUACCUGGGAGCCGACCAGCUAUAGGCCCGCCCUGCUCUGAAAAGAGCGGAGAGGACGAGGACGUGUGCGAGGCGCUGCUGUCCGGCGAGCGGCGAGGGAACGAUGGAGACGUCGCCGUCCAAGUGUCCGUCCACGCCGUUUCUGAGAAGGUUGUCUUAGAGAAUAAAGAGCUGGAGACGCUGGCAGCAGGUUCACAGACACAUGUGACCAUGGAGAGCAACGUGUAGCAGGAGCCACGCGUCCUGAGAAGUAGAACGGGUCAUUAGAAAGUAGUGGUGUCGUGGUGUGUUGCUUUUUUCUGCUCAUUGAUUCCUCGUCUUGUUGAAUCUUUGGCCCCAAAUCAGAAAUUGGCUCGUUUGACGUAGAAGUAAAGAAUUGACAGAGUAAUUAAAUUGACUCUAUCUAAAAGAAUCCAAAAUAAAUCAAAUGAAAGUUCUCUCUCUCGGUGUAGUAGUUGAAUUCCCUCCAUAACAUCUUUACCUCCGCCAUCGACGUCCUGUUCCCCCCCCCCCCCCCCUCCCCCCAGUCCAGUUGUUUGUCAGAUUGGAUUUCCACAGUUCAGGUGAUCGAUGGCUCACGGCUCAGGGAAGAACUCCAGGGGAAUCCAGGAUUUCACUUUCUUUGACGCUGUGAGAUUCCAGGAUUCACCAACUUCUCAGAGAAUGUUUCGUGGAUGUUGAUGAACAGAAACCCGACACAUUUAGAGGACCGGUAUAAAUGAGUGUGUGUGUGUGAUUUCGUGCUGUUUGAAUUAAAGGAACUGUUUGAGCUCUACUCAGGUUUGAUGUUUGACAUCAUGACAUCAUGUAAAAAAAUCCUUCUUUCUUGUAUUUGCUCAGUCUUGUUCCUGCUGUAAAAAAAAUUCUGUUUGUUGUGUGACUUUAACUCGUGCCUGGAGAAAGGGCAAAGGUCAAACACAGAGCCAUGUGGCAUCAAACAGGAUCACAGCCCUGUUUCCUCUGCUCAUCAAUGUGUUUGCUGCUCGUCUGCUUGCAGCCGGUCUCUGAGCUCUUUGUUCCUCGGUGAGAAGAAUCCAGACGCUGUCGUUCAGAGAUGAUGUUAUUCUCUGUGUCUCUUUAUCCAUCAGGUCAGGGUUUUUACAUUUUAUACAUCAGAACUUGAAAACCUCAGAUCAGAACAGCUGCUGUGGUUUUUCAGGCUCUGGAAGUAACACACAAUAAAGGAAAGUUUUUAAAUCCAAUGAAAACUUGAAAACUCGACUUUCAGAGAUUUGUAAUAAAAUCACAUCAUGUUGGGUUUGUAAACAAUCAGCUCCACAACUUGUCGACUCUGGUUGAACAAAAUGCUUCUGUUGUGUUUUGCUAUGUGUGAUGUUAUCGUGUUAUCGAUGGUUCGAUGGUGUUUAGACGUUUUAAAGGCUUUGCUUCUCAGGGACGUAAAUCAGCUGUUUUUCCUCUGACAGCAGCAGAAAAAAGCAUAAUUGACAAUAAAAAAAAUGAAAAUGAAAACC